UGUGGCAGAGCCUUGUCAUUCUGACCCGGGAAGCCCUACCUUUCUCCCGCAGAGCGUCAGGCAGAAAUGUCUAAUGCAAAGGAAAGAAAACAUGCUAAGAAAAUGAGAAACCAGCCCACCAAUGUGACUUUAUUCUCCGGCUUUGUGGCUGAUAAAGGUGUAAAGCACCAUAAUGGAGGUGGAAAACCUUUCCGAGCGCAAAGACUAGAUCCUUCUUCUGGAAUUUCCCGACAGCGGCAAACCAAAAUGACCCACUAUUCACCAUCUGAGCCUGAUGUGAAUGAGCAGUCUUCCUCUAAAGUAAUGUUUAAAAAAAAGGGAGGAUGGAAAGCAGGUUCUGAGGGCACGUCUCAGGAGAUUCCUAAGUAUAUAACAGCAUCUACUUUUGCUCAGGCCCGAGCUGCUGAAAUCAGUGCUAUGUUGAAAGCAGUGACUCAGAAGUCUUCGAAUUCACUGGUUUUCCAGACUCUGCCUCGGCACAUGCGACGACGAGCCAUGAGCCACAAUGUCAAACGCCUUCCGAGGCGGUUGCAGGAGAUUGCUCAGAAAGAGGCAGAGAAAGCAGUGCAUCAGAAAAAAGAACAUUCAAAGAAUAAAUGCCAUAAAGCUCGAAGAUGUCACAUAAACCGCAUGCUAGAGUUUAACCGUAGACAAAAGAAGAACAUAUGGUUAGAAACUCACAUCUGGCAUGCCAAACGGUUCCACAUGGUCAAGAAGUGGGGCUACUGCCUUGGGGAGAGGCCAACAGCCAAGAGCCACAGAGCCUGCUAUCGAGCUAUGACAAACUGUUGCCUCCUUCAGGAUUUAUCCUACUACUGUUGUUUGGAGUUGAAGGGCAAAGAGGAAGAAAUACUAAAGGCACUUUCUCCAAUGUGUAGCACAGACACAGGAUUGACUUUUGCAGCAGUUCACUGCUUGUCUGGAAAGCGCCAAGGUAGUCUCAUGCUUUACCGCGCGAAUAAAUAUCCCCAAGACAUGCUGGGGCCUGUUACAUUUAUUUGGAAGCCUGAGAGGACCCCUGGUGACACUUCUGAGAGCAGGCAGUUGUGGAUCUGGCUUCACCCAGCUCUUAAACAGGAUAUUUUAGAGGAAAUAAAAGUAAUGUGCCAGUGUAUAGAACCCGUCAAAUCAACUAUCUGCAUCCCUGACCCCCUUAUGACACCAUCCCAAGAAAAAAGCCAAACUAAACUGCCUGAUGAGAAAAUUGACAAGAAAAGAAAAUGGAGAGACGAUGGAGAAAAUGCUAAACCAAUUAAAAAAUUUAUUGGAGAUGGAACUAGAGAUUCACAUCAACCAUGUUCUUGGAUCUCUUCAACCACUGACAUUAUAAUCAGUGAUUUGACGAUGGAGAUAAACAGAUUCCGCCUGAUUGGUCCACUCUCCCACUCCAUCCUAACUGAGGCACUAAAAGCUGCUUCUGUCCACGCCGAGGGAGAGGACACAGAGAAGACACCUCACCACUGGUGGAUUGAAGCCUGUAAGAACCCUGAUAGCGUUUCUCUUCACCACAAACAAAAAUCCAUUUUUGAAUUGUUGGGAGGAAUAACAUCACCAGCAGAAAUUCCAGCAGGUACUAUUCUGGGACUGACAGUUGGAGAUCCUCGAAUAAAUUUGCCUCAAAAGAGGUCCAGAGUUUUUCCCAAUGCAGAAAAAUGCCAAGAUAAUGAGAAAGUUAGACAGCUGCUUCUGGAGGGUGUGCCUGUGGAAUGUACGCAUAGCUUUAUUUGGAACCAAGCUAUCUGUAAGAGUGUCACAGAGAAUAAAAUCUCGGAUCAGGAUUUAAACCGGAAGAGAAGUGAAUUGCUGGUGCCUGGAUCACAGCUUGUUUUAGGUCCCCACGAAUCCAAGAUACCUCUCCUUUUGAUCCAACAGCCAGGAAAAGUGACUGGUGAUGACCGACGAGGCUGGGGAAGCGGCUGGGAUGUGCUUCUCCCAAAGGGCUGGGGCAUGGCUUUCUGGAUUCCAUUUAUCUAUCGAGGUGCAAGAGUGGGAGGAUUAAAAGAAGCUAUAGUGCAUUCUCAGUAUAAAAGGUCACCUUACAUCCCAGGUGAUUUCCCAGACUGCUCUGCUGGGAUUCUGUUUGCUGAAGAACAAGCCAGGAAUCUUCUUGAGAAGUACAAAAGAUGCCCUCCUGCAAAACGGCCCAACUAUGUUAAGCUGGGCACUCUGGCACCUUUCUGCUAUCCCUGGGAGCAGUUAACGCGAGACUGGGAAUCAAGAGUCCAGGCCCAAGAGGAAUCGUCUGCAGCGCCCUCUCGGAGUGGUGGGGAGAAUGACUUGAGAGGAGACUGGGUGCCUUGUGCUCCCACGCCUGAAAAAACCCGUCAGGUGUCCGAUGAGGUGGACUCAUCCCUACACGACUCCCAUGAGCCCGAGGGAGUGAUGGACACAGAGGGCCUGGCCCAGGCGGGGACUGAGUGGGGAUCGGGCCAGGAUGCCACUGGCAGUCUCCUCUGCGUUCUUAGGAGGAGACCAUCACUGAAGCAGCUGUCAGCCUGGUGUGGGCCCGGACCUGGGGACAGUUGGGCAGCCCGGCGAACUUCCAGCAGGGGGCAGCAAGAGCUAACUCCAGAGGCCUGCCUGUCCAUCUUGGCCCGCUUCCCCAGGGCCCUGGUGUGGGUCAGCCUGUCCCUGCUCAGGAAGGGCAGCCCUGAGCCACACACUAUGAUCUGUGUCCCAGCCAAGGAGGACCUCCUGCAGCUCAGUCAAGACCCGCUCUACUGCGGGCCGCAGGAAUCCAAGCACAGUGACCCAUUCAAGAGCAAGAUCCGGAAACAGAAAGAGAAGAAGAAAAUAGAGAAGAGGCAGAGCCGCGGGUGUGCUGCGUCUGAGAGCCUGACAGCGAGGGGCCCCACUGCAGGGCAUCCAGCUCCGACCCAGGGCCUGUGGCCAGGCCCACUUCCCGAUGUGACUUCUCACUGCUCCAGAGUGCUCCUGGGCUUUGUCACACAGGGCGACUUCUCCAUGGCUGUGGGCUGUGGAGAAGCCCUGGGCUUUGUUAGUUUGACAGGCUUGCUGGAUAUGCUGUCCUCCCAGCCAGCAGCGGAGAGGGGCCUGGUGUUACUGAGGCCUCCAGCCUCUCUGCAGUAUCGCUUUGCCAGGAUGGCCAUUGAGGUGUGA